AUGGCGUCCACUUCAGCCUCCGCGUCUGGCUCAGGCUCAGGCUCUGGCUCGGCUGCCACCCCAUCGUCUGGCACCGCUUCAUCUCACGACUCGAAACUAGCCACUGGACUUUCACACAAAGCCGCAGGAAACGCGAGCUUCGUGUCGAGCGACAUUCCAGCUGCGCUCUCCUCCUACCACCACGCAAUCCUAUACCUAUCCGGCUCUCAAACGCGGAGCAUCCUUGGGCUCGUUGGCGAGUCCACGACGGACAGCAGGCCUGAAGACCUCGAUUCCGACUCUGACUCGGACACUGCGUCUGCUCCUACCAGCGAAGUCGAGCUGUCGCAGGUGUACAGCAACAUGGCGGCGUGCUACAUCAAGCAGGGACGGUGGGAUCGAGCCCUGGAUGCGGCGGAUAAGAGUCUGCGUGCCGACUCGCGCAAUGUCAAAGCCAAGUUCCGGCGUGCACAGGCGCUGCGUGGGCAGAACAACCUCUACGCCGCGCGCGACUAUCUCCAACUCACCCUCGACAGCCUUGGCAAGAAACGCGCCGAUGCAAGGGUGGGAUUCGAGGCGGAGCUCAACAAGGUCCAGGCCGAGAUUGAGGCCAAGGAGGCCAAGGCGAGGAACAAGUGGGUUGGAUUUUUGGGCAAGAAUCCCGGUGCGCUCAGCGUGGAUGAUCCGACCAAUGCGCCGUCCGACACUUUGUGA